UCGAAUAAAACGACACUGUUUUGUAGUUUUGUUUAUUUGUUUUAAGAAAUAAAAAAAGAAAAGCCAAAACCAUGCGUGAACAAUACACCCCCCUCUUCCCCAAAUCAUUCGUUUACUCCCUGGAGACCUCUGAAGCAAAGCAAAACCAUAGCCCUUCAUUGCCGCCGUCGUGCCCGAGGUCCUCAGCGCCGCCGCCGUUCCCAGGUCCUCAGCGUCGCCGCUUCUUCCUCUUCCCCGUGUCCGGAACUCAGGUAGCUCGUCACGUCGUCUUCAUCUUCGCUGGCUUCUCUGUUCGUGGCUUGGAGCAGCUCGCCGUCGUCUCGCCUAUCGCCUCGUCUCGCCGAUUGCCGUCCCUUCCUCCAUCGAAGGUAAUCUUGUGUUGCGAGCAGCAAAAUGGUUGGAAGUGGCCAUUUGGGCGCCAAUGGAACAGUUGAACCAUUGCCCGAGGAUUUUGAUGCGUCAGCUGUGAUCAAAGAACCUGUGCCACCCACAGUUGCAGAAAGUGAGAACGUGAAAAGAGCUAUAGUACUGGGAAAAAAUGUUCACACACUGUGUCUAGAAGUUACAGAACCUGAUGCAGAUGAUGAGAUUACUGGGGAAAGGGAUGCUUACAUGGCAAGUGUAUUGUCCAAAUACAAAAAAUCAUUGACUGAAAGGACAAAACAUCAUUUAGGUUACCCCUAUAAUUUGGAUUUCGACUACGGUGCACUCUCUCAACUUCAGCACUUCUCCAUAAACAACCUGGGAGAUCCAUUCAUUGAAAGCAAUUAUGGAGUCCACUCCCGGCAGUUUGAAGUUGGUGUUUUGGACUGGUUUGCCCGGUUAUGGGAAAUAGAGAAAGAUGAGUACUGGGGCUAUAUGACAAACUGUGGUACUGAGGGCAAUCUCCAUGGCAUCCUAGUUGGGAGAGAGGUCCUUCCGGAUGGGAUUUUGUACGCCUCACAAGAAUCACAUUAUUCUGUAUUUAAAGCUGCACGUAUGUACAGAAUGGAUUGUGUGAAGAUUGCAACUCUUCAUACCGGAGAGAUUGAUUGUAAUGAUUUCAAGGCCAAGCUGCUUCUUCACAAAGAUAAGCCAGCUAUUGUAAAUGUGAACAUAGGUACAACUGUCAAAGGAGCAGUGGAUGAUCUUGAUCUGGUGAUAAAGACACUUGAAGAUACUGGAUUUUCACGUGACAAAUUCUACAUCCAUUGUGAUGGGGCCUUGUUUGGUCUCAUGAUGCCUUUUGUGAAACUUGCACCAAAAGUUUCUUUUAAGAAGCCUAUUGGUAGUGUUAGUGUUUCUGGCCACAAAUUUGUGGGGUGCCCAAUGCCUUGUGGUGUUCAGAUAACAAGAUUGGAGCAUAUCAAUGUUCUUUCCAAUAAUGUAGAAUACCUUGCUUCUAGGGAUGCCACAAUCAUGGGUAGCCGGAAUGGCCAUGCUCCCAUAUUCCUUUGGUAUACCCUUAACCGGAAAGGAUACAGAGGUUUCCAGAAAGAAGUGCAGAAAUGCCUGAGGAAUGCACACUACUUCAAGGACCGCCUUAGGGAGGCUGGAGUUGGUGCAAUGCUUAAUGAGCUGAGCAGCACAGUUGUGUUUGAGAGGCCACAUGAUGAGGAGUUUGUACGGAAGUGGCAGUUGGCAUGCCAGGGAAACAUAGCACAUGUGGUGGUGAUGCCAAAUGUCACUAAGGGCAAGCUUGAUGAUUUUCUGAACGAGCUUGUGGAGAAGCGUGCUCAAUGGUUCAAAGAUGACAAGUUUCAACAAUAUUGCAUUGCCUCAGAAGUGGGUGAAACCUGUUGUCUUUGCCCUUUGCAUAAGGGCAAGUGAAAGUUGUAACAGGUUCCCAAUCUUGGGUUCAAGGUUUUAGUUGGUGUAUCCAUGUUUUAUCGAGAUUUUGAUGCACUUGAUAACCUAUUGGUUUCCCCUAUUAUUGACAUUUUUAUUUGCACUUGAUAGCAACUAGUUCGCAGAGAAUUUUAGAUAUUAGCUUGUUAUCAACAUUCAUUCAGAAAACUUAUUCUUAGCUA